AGCACCACAAGGACUCCAAAUCAUGGCGGAGAAAAUUUCUGAAGAUAAUGGGACUUCUACAAUGGGCACUUGCUCAUCAUCAACGCAACUCUCUGGCACUGGAAAUGCCUCAACAGAAAGUAAAGUUUUCAUUCCUAAAAUGAAAGAAAUCCAUUUAGAGGGCAUGCCUACGUCUACAUACAGCUUUCUGUGCCCUCAUGCUGGUCAGUUCCAGUGUAAAAUCACCAACAUUGUGUUUGAGAUGGAGGAGAAAGGGGAGGUGCAGUACAGAAUCGUCUCCUGGGAUACCCAUCUCUUGGAUGGCUUGGGUCACAUGCAGCCUGCAGGACCCCUGUAUGAAAUAGACUGCUGUGAAGGUUCAGUCAGUCAUCUACACCUGCCACACUGUGAGACAGUCUAUGAAGAAAAUCAGAUGGAACUCACUGUGGCAAAUUUUAUUAAUAAGGUGCAGAAAAAGCAUGAAGGCAGUACAUAUUUUGAAACCAGCUCCAGAUGCCAGCUGAUUCCUGGUAGAAAAUACAAAGCAUCAUGUGAUCCAUAUGUACCCCAGCCAAAGCAUGCAGAGUUUGACAGUCACUAUGGCCCCAACCAUCACCCCACUUUUGUGGUCUUCUCUGAGGCUGACGUUGUUACAGUGAGUGUUUUAGAUGAAGAUGGAAUGGAGGUGUGGGAGCCACAUCAGGUCUUUAUGAUAAGUGAAAAAAUGGAGAAAUGUCAGAUUGCAGAGAAAACCCCACUCAAAAUGCCAGCAGAAGUACACUUUGUGGAUAAAUACAUGGACAAGCUCAUCGGUCGAGUCACCUCAGUAAUGGAGAUAGCAGACUGUCUGCAAAGCAAAAACAUGAUUACUGAUGAAACAUAUGACAAAAUACACACUGAAAAAACCCCACAGGAGCAAAUGAGGAUCUUAAACCAAGCACUUAGGUCAGGAGGCCAAAACAUGAAAGAUGAAUUCUAUAAAAUACUUAAAGAGAAGCAGCCGUUCUUAAUAAAAGAUCUGGAGUCUGAACCCAGCAAGGUGUAAUCAAAUAUUUCAUUAGAAGCUUUAACCAUUUGGGACUGGCUGCCUUUGUAACCAA